UGACACUUUGAUGAAUGAUUAAGUAAUAAUAAGGUAUUGAACGGCUAAGUGAAUACUUCUUAAUAAACUCUUCUAGUCCCUGGGGCCUUUCUCUCGUCUCCCUUUCCUACUUUUCCGUCCUUUCCUCAACUCUCAAUCAGAUCUGAUACACAAUUGCAAUAUACAAAUCUCCCCAACACAACUCACAAAACUUCUCAAUACACAUUCAUCAUGGCUGAAGAGAGAGCAACUCCGUAAGUCUACUUCUUGAUUAGAGCCUGGAAGUAUAGGCCUUUAGCUCGCCUUUACAUAUUAUCACAACUCCCUUUGCGUCUGCCAUGAUUGGGGUUUACCAUCAUACCUCCCUCUAUGACCUCUGCUAACAAUGUGCAAGUCUCCGUCUAGGAUCCAUCGCUCCAAACUUCCAGGCAGAGACUACCAAUGGUCCCAUUGAUUUCCACGAGUUCAUCGGUGACAAAUGGGUUGUCUUAUUUUCCCACCCAGAGGACUAUACACCCGUUUGCACCACCGAACUCGGCGCUUUCGCAAAACUUGAGCCAGAGUUCACAAAGCGUGGCGUGAAGCUCAUCGGUCUCUCCGCAAACACAAUCGAAUCACACGGUGGAUGGAUCAAGGAUAUUGAUGAGAUCUCCGGAAGCAAGCUUACCUUUCCAAUUAUUGGCGACAAGGAGCGAAAAGUUGCGUAUGCAUAUGACAUGUAAGCGCAAAACACCAAAUCCCCUAUUAGAUAUAUGUCGUAUGCUAAUAAGAUAACUAGGCUCGAUCACCAAGAUACCACAAACGUUGACUCCAAGGGAAUUGCAUUCACCAUCCGAUCUGUCUUCGUCAUCGACCCAAAGAAGACAAUCCGCCUCAUCCUUUCUUACCCAGCUUCCACUGGUCGUAAUACCGCCGAGGUUCUCCGGGUCGUUGACUCGCUUCAAACUGGAGACAAGCACCGCAUCACUACUCCUAUCAACUGGAUUCCUGGUGAUGAUGUGAUUGUUCACCCCAGCGUCAAGAACGAGGAGGCCAAAACCCUCUUCCCGGAAUUCCGCAUUGUCAAGCCAUAUCUUCGAUUCACACCCUUGCCAAAGGAGGUAACAUCUGCGGCCGUCUGAAAUUCGCGAGAAGGAAAAUUAUGAAUUAAUGAAGGGGUUUUCACAUGAGUAGCUGAUAUGACAGAUAAUGAUUUGGUCUUCGAGCGGCUCGAUCAAGUCUCCUUUUGACAACUUUGCCAAGCUGUAUUUAGAAUAGCAAAACCAAAUAAGAGAAAAAAAUAAUAUUAAAACUUCAAGCGC